UGAAUAGUGACAGUUCAGGGUGUAGGCUGCCUUUCUCCUGACGCUACCUGGGAUAGGCUUUCCCGCAACCCUUGUGAGGAUAAGCAACUUGGAUAAUGACAUAAUUGUUGCCUUUGAGCAGCCCUGUUGUUUGGCGAGUCGUCAGGUGUUGCCUUCAUAGACCCUUUGAAAUCACAAUUUUACCACACAAAACACCCGAGUGAGUGCUCCAAAUGUCCCCAUAUGCGAAAAUCCACCGUACACAAAAAAUCUAAGAAAGCACAGCGAUGAAUAUUGUAUACAUCCUUCCAAGAAUAUGUUUCCACGCGGAAUCCGUGACAUCCUAUUCCGAGCCUCCCGUGUCACGCCUGAAGCGACCCGGGAGUGCGCUCGGGCCUCUCGCGAGGUGAUUCGUCCUCAGCAAGUCACGUGACAGGGAGGAAAUGCAUAGGAGGGGCGGGGCUAAAGGGUUGAGUACUCUCUCCGUGGUGCUGAUGGGACGAGGCCUUCUGCGCAGCCGCUUCUGCGCAGGUUGCAUGACAGGUAGCAGCCAGCGAGCCUCCAUCUUGGGCUUCCCGGGGGCAGCCAUAAUACAAACCCCCCCCCCAAAAAAAAAAAACAAAAAAACAAUAAACAACACAGCCAAGAUGUCGCUCGGGCGCGAUGAUGUGAGUUUAAUUUAAAGACAACCGCUCGCGAAAGGAGGACGCUUUCAAGCCCACCUGAGGAAAAAGGAGAGGAUGGAGAGGAACGGGAGCGGCGCCGUUAACGACGAUUAGCCCCCUUCACCCCCUCCUCUUUCGCCGCUCGGUUCGGAAGGAACUUUUGUCCACAAACGUCUGAAAGGCUCCACUCAUAGACAGGAUGGGCGUCAAGAAGAAACUGGUGGUCUUCAUCCUGGUCCUUUGCGUUUGCCUCCAGGGAGCGUCUGCCAAAGAGAAGGGAACCAAGAAGGGAAAGAAGAAAGGGAAGCAGGUUUACUGCCCGUCACAACUGUCAUCCGAGGAUCUGGCCCGCGUGCCUGCCAAUUCCACCAGUAACAUCUUGAAUAGGUUACUGAUCAGCUACGAUCCCAGAAUCCGGCCCAACUUCAAAGGAAUUCCCGUGGAAGACAGAGUGAACAUUUUCAUCAACAGCUUUGGUUCAAUCCAGGAGACGACGAUGGACUACCGAGUCAACAUCUUCCUGCGGCAGCGCUGGAACGACCCGCGGCUCAAGCUGCCGCAGGAUUUCAAGUCCGACUCGCUCACCGUGGACCCCAAGAUGUUCAAAUGCCUGUGGAAGCCCGACCUGUUCUUUGCCAACGAGAAGAGUGCCAACUUCCAUGACGUCACCCAGGAGAACAUCCUUCUCUUCAUCUUCCGCAACGGCGAUGUUCUCAUCAGUAUGAGGUUGUCCGUCACGCUGUCUUGUCCGCUGGACUUGACUCUGUUCCCAAUGGACACCCAGAGGUGCAAAAUGCAACUGGAAAGCUUUGGCUACACCACGGACGACCUGCAGUUCAUGUGGCAGACUGGGGACCCCGUGCAGAUGGACGCCAUCGCCCUGCCCCAAUUUGACAUCCGACAAGAAGACAUCGACUACGGCAACUGCACCAAGUUCUACUCAGGAACAGGGUACUACACUUGCGUGGAGGUCAUCUUCACCCUGAGGCGUCAGGUGGGCUUCUACAUGAUGGGCGUUUAUGCACCCACGCUGCUCAUCGUGGUGCUCUCCUGGCUGUCCUUCUGGAUCAACCCCGACGCCAGCGCUGCACGAGUGCCGUUGGGCAUCCUCUCCGUUCUGUCCCUGUCUUCCGAGUGCACGUCCCUCGCUUCGGAGCUCCCCAAGGUGUCGUACGUGAAGGCCAUCGACAUCUGGCUGAUCGCCUGCCUGCUGUUCGGUUUCGCCUCCCUAGUGGAGUACGCCGUGGUGCAGGUCAUGCUCAACAGCCCCAAGCGCAUCGAGGCCGAGAAGGCCAAGAUGGCGUCCAAGGAGAAGGCGGUGGGCAAGAGCGCCGCCAACGCCGCCGCCAGGAACAACACCGUCAACGGCACCGGGGGGACGCCUCUCCACGUCAGCACCUUGCAUGUGGCGGAGACGCGCUGCAAGAAGGUGUGCACCUCCAAGUCGGACCUGCGCACCAACGACUUCAGCAUCGUGGGCUCGCUCCCGCGGGACUUUGAGCUGUCGAACUUUGACUGCUACGGCAAGCCCAUCGACACGGCCGGCGGCGGCGGCAAAUCGCAGGCCAAGAACAACAAGAAGCCCCCCCCUCCGAAACCGGUCAUCCCAUCGGCCGCCAAGCGCGUGGACCUUUACGCCCGGGCCCUCUUCCCCUUCUCCUUCCUCUUCUUCAACGUCAUCUACUGGUCGUGUUACUUGUGAUCGCCGAUGCCCAGACCGACGUUGCCCACCCACGCCCACCCUCCUCCCCUCAAAAAAAAUCGGUGCUUCCUCCCAACAAAGCGUGUUGAUUCCAUUCUUACAAAUCUAAAACUAUGUAAUCUAUUUAUCUUAUAUAAAUGUUAUUUAUUAUCACAGCUGAUGAUUUAUUGAAAAGCUUUGCCAAAUGCACACUUCUAGAAAAAGACCUAUCAGGGGUGGGCAAAGUACAGGACUGGGGCCAGAUAUGGCCCGGGUCAUUUUUCUAAUCCGGUCCACAAGUUAGUUAUGGGUCUAUCUGGAAAAUAUUGUUGAGGCUUCACUUUUUCCAGAUUGUGUUAUUACACUGCCUUAUUCCAAAAUUCAGUCCAAAAAUCUGAAUUCACACACA